AUGAAGGUUUCCAUCAUAUUCCUUGCCGCCGCAACCAUUGCGGUAGCUUCCGCUGCUAGCUUUUCCAACUUUGGUAUAGGCAUUCGACCUGCACCGCCAUCCGAAUCCCAGAACAGUGAUUCUAGCAGUAGCUCGUCAGAAAGCGAUCAAACGGGCGAACAACAGUCUGGCGAUGCUUCCGGAUCGGCUGAAGCUAAUGCAGGAAUUCAACCAAUCGGUAUCUUCAGACCCAUACCCAACAGACCGUGGUGGCCCAUUCCAAGGAUUCCUCCAUUCCGUCCACCCUUCCUUCCGCGUCCUCCGUUCGGUGGACAUGGACGUCCGUGGUGGUUGAGGCCACCGUUCCACCGACCCACCACCAGUACCGUUGCACCGGAGGGAACUUCCGUUGCCAGUCCGACCACUUCGGUAGCUUCGACUACUGCGGAAGCUGCAACGACGACAGAGGAGGCCACAACUACCACCACUGAGGAGGCAACUACCACCGAGGAACCAACCACUACUGAGGAGGCAACCACCACAGAGGAGGCUACCACUACUGAGGAGGCUACCACUACUGAGGAGGCAACCACCUCAGAGGAGGAGGCUACCACUACUGGGUAG